UCUGUCUUCUCUUUCGGACUUUGUUGAGGAGGAAGAUAAAACUUGUCAUCGGCUCUACAUGAAAACCAACACUGAUCUUUAAUGAAGUCUAAGAUUCACUGUAGAUCAGUCUGUUUGAAACCAUCUGCUAAAAAUGAUUCAUCAAUUUUUCAUCUUAUUGCUUUACCUUUCAAAAUGCAGCUCAGAUAACACAGACGUCGUGGCUCAGAAUCAUCUGAAGAUUGUUCAAGCUGGAGACAGUGUUAACUUCACCUGUAUUUUACCAGGAGAGUCAAGACACAGUGUUGUUUGGGUCAAACAAAGAGUCGGAGAGAAACCCCUUCCAAUUGUUUCAUCAUAUCAAGCUUUACCUGCCGACUUUGAAAAGGGCUUUGACAAAACACGCUUUUAUGUAUCAAAUGAAAAGAGCAGUUUUAAUCUGAGCAUCACAAAUACAGAAGAAUCAGACACUGGAACAUACUAUUGUGUUAAAUAUUUAUAUAAUAGAUUUUAUUUUGGCGAAGGCACUGAUCUCAUUGUUAAAAAUGGACAGCUGAGCGUGGACUCAGAGCAUCAGAGAGCCGAGACAGAUCCAGAUCAUCCAGAAGAGUCUGCAGCGGCUCUGCAGUGUGCCGUCGUCACUCAGAGCUGUGCAGGAGAACACAACGUCUACUGGUUCAGACAUCAAUCUGGAGAAUCUCCUCCAGGAAUCAUUUACACUCAGGACCGCAGGAACGCUCAGUGUGAGAGGAGAUCUGAUGGGAACUCAACCACACACAAAUGUGUCUACAACCUGCCCAAGAAGAAGCUCAGUCACUCUGAUACUGGGAUUUAUUACUGCGCUGUGGCCGCAUGUGGACAGAUACUGUUUGGAGAAGGAAGAACAGUUGAUUCACCAGGGCCAGAUACAGCAUGGAGAACAAUUGCCCUAUUUUUAGCAGCUUCAAACUGUUUAUCAGUGAUUGUGAUCAUAAUUCUGUGCUCACAGAUGUGCAAACACCAGCAGAAAGGUAAGAUUUGCAUGCUUUAUUUCACUCUAGUAUUCAAAGCAAUGUCUGUUUCAGUGCAGAUGUAACAUAAACGUUCUUAUUGUUUACUCAAGACGGGA